CAAAGUUGCCCCGGUGUUCUUAGUUGGUUCAGAACAGGUCUAUUAAGGAGAAGCAGUGCCAGAAAACCAUUUGGACUUGGAGCCGAGUUUGAAGACAGUUCACUUAUUGCAUCUUUAAUGCUUUUUUCCGUGAAAGCUAGUUCUUGUAUGGUUGGGGUCAGUGGAGUGGCACUAAUCAUCGUGGGAUGCAUACUGAUAGAUAAUGGUGACCAGUUAUCAAACAACUUAUGCGUGUCUCUUAUCGUUGUUGGAUUCAUAACACUGCUUGUCAGUUGUUUUGGAUGUUAUGUUGGCUUUAGAGGACAUUAUUUCAUGAUACUUGCAUUUUCUUGUCUUCUUGGUAUCAUGGUUAUUAUUGAGUUAGUUGUUGGUGCCGUAGCAUUUGCACACAACAUCAAGAACAACAUGGCAAUCGUUGGAGGAGUCGCCAUUUCAGUUGCAUUGCUUCAGGUUAGUGGCAUCGCGUAUGCGUGCUGCCUGAUGAAAUCUAUCAAAAACGAAUACGAAAUUCUUUAAGUCGAUGCUGUGAAAAUAGUAAAAGGUUUUUACAUAACACAUUUUGUAGGACGUUUUCGUGCUGAUAUUUGGAAUACAUGAUGCCUUAGAGUUACCA